AAGUCGAGUCAAGACGCCAUGACAGAUGACAGGCAGCCAUCUUUGUUCCAGUAACCAACCAGAAUCCAGGGCUCGUUCCCGGGUCAGCUCUCGUUUCCAGUGUGGCUACCGGGUAACUAGUAGCAGGGCAGACAUUGUUCGCGUCUUGGAUUGUCAUCGCAAGUAGUUGCUUUCAAUUCGUUAAUUUUCCAAGAGAAGCAGACUGUUGUUUCUGGAGAUGGAAUGAUCACACGUCGGCCUUUGACAACUUUGGAGCAAGGCGGAGUGUAAAACGGAUACUGGGAAGAUGGCACAUCUACUAAUGCCUGGAUACGAAGAAACGCGAUAAUCCACUAUCAUAGUGGAUUUUUGUUGCCAGAUUACUGCGGUGUUACACUUCAGCUUAGUAACUCUUACAUUGUGUCUAAAUUCUUUUCGACAUCCACGGAUUGUAUAUGGUUAUACUUUUCUACAACCAAAAGGACUUUCCAUAGUGCAGAGAUGGACCAGAACUGAUAGUUUUGUAUUCCAAACUUGAGUACCACCUGGUAUAAACCAGCCGAAACUGAACACGAAGCGAUGAUGCCUGUGCUAGUUCAACCAAAGCACCGGUUCUCUAUCGAGUCGUUGGUGGCCAAAGACGACCGCCCUACCCCGAAACAGGUUCACCAUAUGUCCGCGGCCGGCCCGGCCUGCUGCCCCGCCGAGUCGCUACCAGGUGGCGGCGUCUCGGCCUUCUCCGUCAACCCGGCCUACCGAUCUCCUCAUCCUAACAUCGUCCCCCAGCAGAACUGUCACCAGACAGACCCCAUGUCAUUCCACAGACUUCACGACAUCCAGGUUACGGCGGCGGCGACGGGGUUCCCUCCUCCCGGUGUACCGUCGGUCCCGGUCCCGACCUCACACUACCUCGCCGGGUACGGAGGCGGGCUGCCCGUAGGCAUGACUCCCGCCACGGCACCCCGGCACUCAGUCGUCCCGCCCGGCAUCUUACCGCAGCAUUCCAUGUCUCCGAUUCACCCUUGGGUCUUGCCUCACGGAUUCUUACCUCAGCACAGACUACAAGUUCCAGAAGGUACGCCCGGGUUCAUGUACCCGUUCCGUAAGCCUAAGCGGGUCCGCACCGCCUUCACUCCCACCCAGUUACUCCGCCUGGAGCACGCCUUCGAGAAGAACCACUACGUCGUCGGGCAGGAGAGAAAACAGCUGGCGCAACAACUCACACUCACAGAAACACAGGUUAAAGUCUGGUUUCAGAACAGAAGGACAAAGUACAAACGAGACCAGCAGGAAGACGAAGGUAGGAAGUCUCCGCCCCGGCUGAAGGGCGCGCACCACGUCAACCGGUGGCGGGAAGCCACCAAAGAAUUCGUGCAGUUUCAGUCGUCUGCGUCAUCCCCUUCUGAGCCGGAUUCUUCCAUGCAUGUCGCCGAGUUGAGGCCGUGUGAACUACAGACAUGUUCAAACUCUUUGAAAGGAACAAGACGUGAAAUAUCCGAGGAGAAGCCUUGCUUUCUGACAUGACUUUUUUUCUAAAGGCCACAAAGGAACAUGUCGUCUGUGUACCCCCCUUCUCAGUCGGAUUCUUCCAUAACCUAGUUGAAGCGCGCGCAAAGUGUUAAGACGUUUUCAAACUACUGGACAAUAGCAAUCUGUAAAGCUGUGAAGGAGCCUUGGUUUUCGGCAUGAUACAAUUUUUUUCUGAAGGUAGAAACGCAUGGAAAGACGAAAGGAAGAACGUGUGAGGACGAUUAUGUGCAGAAUUGUUGUCUAUAAAAAAUAGCGGUAUGGACCGGAGUAUAGAACAUACAUAUGGACGUAGUAAUUAUGAAUCAAGUUUGUUUCUUGGUCAUGGUAUGCUGUAAAAAGGGCUAUUGAGAUAUUGUUCGCAUGUCAUACUGUCGACUAGGAGGACGACUACACAAUUUAUGUUGAGCGAUAUAUAUUUUUUUUAAUCUCUAUGUUUUGUUCGAGCUAGAAAAAUUGUAAAAUAUUACGUUGACGUUGUUUUGUUAUCGCCCGUUAUUACUUUUAUUCACGCACUGACAAUCAAACACUGAUGGCCUUCAUUGGAGAAGCGAUGACAAUUUUGCCACCUUUCGUCCGUUGGGAAAAAAAUUAUGCGUUAUCACUGUCUAUCUUUCUACGUGCGUAUUGUCUACCAUGAAUUAUGUUACUGGUGGCAUGUAAAUGACAAAUGUAAAUACAUUUAUAUUCAGCUCAAGCAAUAGCGUUGAAAGUUGCAAUACGUCAUUGUCGUGAUGUCUAGAAUGUUCAGAUGGUUGUGGUGUCAACAGUGAUCGAUCGAUGGUUGAAAAUGGACCAAUGGGAAGCGUUUUUACAAAUUAAAUU